UGAGGCUUUGUUAGGAGAGGAGGAAGAGAAAGAAAGGUCUAAAGUUUUUCUGUUUACUCUUUCAGAUUGAAAACCCCAGGUAUUUGCGAGAGAAGCCCAUUCCCUUGUCUCCAAUUUUCAAGUCGAGCUUUGGAAGGAACAGCAACUUGUCUGAUGAUCAGGGGACACAACUUGUGCAGAGCAAGGAGAUUGAGAUGAAGAUCAAAGUACUGGAGGCCAAGCACCAGGAGGAAACACUGAAGAUGCAGCAGAGACACGAUGCAGAUGUUGAAAAAAUUCUGGACAGAAAGAAUGGUGAGAUUGAAGAGAUUAAGAGCCUGUACCGGGCCAAGCAGAAGGAAUCGGAGGAGGUGAUCCGUAAGCUGGAGAGGAAAGUUCAAAGUGUACUGCGGGAAUCCCAGGUCAUCUGUGAGAGCAAAGAGAAGCAGAUUGCUGAGCUGAAGAAGAUGUCGGAUCAGAGCAGUGACUCCCUGAAAAACGAGUGGGAGAAGAAGCUGCAUGCUGCUGUAACAGAGAUGGAGCAGGAGAAGUUUGAAUUGCAGAAGAAACACACUGAGAAUAUCCAGGAGCUGCUGGAGGACACCAACCUCAGACUGACUAAGAUGGAGGCUGAAUAUAAUGCUCGGUCACAAGCAACAGAGAAAACGGUGCGUGAGCUGGAGCUGCGGGUGAAGCAGCAGUCUGUGGAGGUGGAGAAGGGCAACAUGCUGCGUCAGAAGGUGACACAGGAGAAGGCACAGUUGGAGAUCCACAUUGCAUCCAUCAGUGCCGAACUACAGGAGGCCAGCAGACGAAUUAUGGUCCUGCAAAAAGAGAAGAAGCAGCAGAGUGAGCAGUUCGAGCAGACCUUGCAGAAGUUCCAAGCCAAACACGAGACUGACAUGAGCCACUUACAUCAGGAGCAUGCUCUGUCUGCUGCUAAGACCUCUGAUGUGAUGGAGGACUUUGAGAAAACUAUAGCUCAGCUCAAACAGCAGCUCCUGGACAGUGAACAUCAAAGACAGAGACAAUUCAGGGAUCAAGAGAUAAAGUCUCAGCAGGAAAAAGACGAACUGCAGAGCAACUGUGAGAAAAAGGUUUUGGCAACCCAAAGUGAAGCAGAAAAAGAGAGAGCAGAAGCUAAGAGGAAGAUUGCCAGACUCGAAGAUGCACUCAGAGAGAUGGAGAGCCAGUUGGACAGAGCCAGGGAGAGCCAAAGGCUGCAGAUCCAGCAGGCAGAUAUGGCACUGGAGCAGUUCAAGAAACAGGUGGAGCUCAGCUCUGAGAAGGCCUACGCUGACAUGAAACUCCAGAUGGAGAAAGUAGAGAACGACCUCAUCCGCUCCAAGUCCCUCAGGGAGAACCAGGCCAAGGAGUUCUCCCUGCAACUAGAUGCACUCAGACAAAAAUAUGAGCAGCAGAUGGCUGAGCAGCGCAUGCAGCACGAGCAGGAGAGGACGCGGCUACAGCAGCAGCACAGCACGGAAAAGGACAGCCUGGUUCAGGAGCGCCAGCGGGAGGUGAGCAGCCUGGAGAGGCAGGCCAGGGCCGCUCUGCAACAGCACCAACAGCACACCCAGGAGUGGAGGAAGCGCGAUGCCCAGACAAUUUCUGAUUUGGAAGUCCAGCUGUCAUGUCUUCAUGAGGAAGUCCAGGCGGCCCAUGUCCAGCACAAGCAACAGCUGGCUGAGAUGGCAUUGCUCCGGGAGGAGGAAAAGCAAAAGGCAUUCCUGGACAAGGAGGCAUCGCUGGACCGGCUCCGCUCCGACAUGGAACGCAUCCGAAGCGACCUUGAAAGAAACCACCAGCAGGAGAGGGACGCUGCUCAGGAGAAGACCAACAGCAGGUUGAAGCAGAUUGAGAAGGAGUACAGCCAGAAGCUCGCCAAGUCUGCCCAGCUUAUUGCAGAGCUACAAACAUCUGUAUGUGACUCUAAAGAAGAGGCUGUUCGUCUACAGAAGGCAAUGGAGAGGCAGCUGGAGGAGGCCAAUACUCGUUGGGACCAGGAGAGGAGGACAAUAAUGCACCAUGCCGAUCAAGCCAAUAAGGCUCUGCAGGAUAAGGUGGAAAGUCUACAGAGGCAUCUGCAUUGCUCAGAAAAGACACUGCUUAGCAAAGAGCUGGAGAUUGAAGAGAAGGUGACUGAUGUGCGUCAGGAGUACGAGGAGAAAAUCAAAGGUUUGAUGCCGGCAGAGCUCAGACAGGAGCUGGAGGACACUAUCACGUCACUGAAAGCGCAGGUUAACUUCCUUCAGAAGAGAGCCUCUUUGCUACAGGAAGACCUGGAUGCCUGCCGCAGCAGGAGGUAACCCCAGACAAACCACAGCCCAACCUUACUCUGGGAUAUGAAGGAUAAGACAACCAAUCAGAUGUGAGCAUUAAAGACUGUUACAAGUAUUUUACACACCUGUCAUGCCACUGCAUAAGUCAUCUUUUAGUUUGAUGUGCUGUUGUCUCUUGUGGUUUUAACAUUUUGAAUGAUUUAUUCAUCAUCAGAUUUUAGCUCUUACUAAAAUAUAUAAGUUUACAACGUUCCAUCAUUUAAAUGUUAUGUUAUUUGAUAUUAUCAGUGCAAUGUUAUUAUUGUCAAUGAUAUUUUAUUUGAUAUUAAUUGUCAUGUCCACUAAAAUGCACCAUUUUUAAUAAA